GGGAUCGCGUUUCAUCUUCAAGGUUUGGCCGCGAAGCAUCUCCACGAUCGGCCGGCUCGAGAUACGUUUUGAGGCUCAGCGUUCUCAAGAUCGACAGACAAGAAAUCGUUGAUGAUGACGCUGCGGCCAAGGCCGUCUGACGCUCAUCUGCGCCCAGUUCUGCACGUUCUAUGGAUGGUCUCCAAACUUAUUUCGUAUUGAAUCGGCUCCUCAUGGCGAACUUUGCAUAGUUUGUUAGUUAAGCUCUCCCUUGAACCUUCCGAGGAAAAUGUUCUUCUUACGGCGUAGACUUCCCAUCGUGUCUGAGACAAGUCCAACCGCCUUUUUCCUCCGCAGUCCGCCCCCGAAUGACGCAGCAUUCGGAUGGACAAACGAGGUAUUCCGCUCAUACUUAUCUCCCGUCCACGAAAAAUCAGGAGCAGAAAGUUACUUGGGCGAGAUCGGCGAAUCAAGAGUGAUGAUAACCUUGAUUUACAUAUGUCCUUGCUAUCUGGAGCACCCUCCUGCAUCCCCUUUGUCCUCUUUACCCCUUGUUCUAUCUCUUCCUUGGGUUGUUUGCAGAUGGCUUUAGACCCUUAGUUUCAACGCUGCGGAAAUCCUCGCUGUUUCCUCUCCCUCUUUUCUUCUCCGCAAAAACUCGAGGCUUCCUUUUUGUCUAGAGUCUGACGCUAUGGCUCGGUCUUGUAGCCCUCUUUUUAUCACAUUCGCUAUUGCAUGUGUCAUUCUUUUUGCAGCAUUUAAUUCUGAUAAUGGGGCAUCACUCAAGAAGGCUGCUAGUUCUUUGAGCAAGCAGAGCGCCUUCAAUGGUGACUUGGUUGCCAAACUUGGACUAUAUGAGCGGUUAUGGAAAGAGAAUAUCAACGGUCGGAAGAAGAUGAAGGCCUUCUUUGAUAAUAAUAAGGGAAAGGAUCGGAAAUUCCCGAAGGGAUACUCUGCCCCAUAUACACUUUAUGAUUUUGUCUACCCAGCUUUUAAUUGCCCUUACGAACUCGAACGUGUUGGUAGAGAAGGCGAUGGCGGAAAGUGGGUUUGCGGCAUGAGCCGAUACGAAGCAAAUAAGAAUAGACCCUGCAUCGUCUAUUCCUUCGGCGUGAACGAUGAUUCUGCUUUUGAGGAUGCCGUCCUGCGUCGUACCAACUGUGAGAUAUGGGGAUACGACUUCUCAGUCGGCUCGUGGGCAAAGAACCUUGAUCAGUCAAAUGCCUCCCGCGCUCAUUUCCUUCAGGCUGGAAUCAGCAAUGUGACUGACACGGACCGUUCUCCGCCAUUUUAUUCCGUGAAGGACUUGAUGAAAAUGAAUGGUCACAAUUACAUUGACAUUAUGAAAAUGGACAUCGAGGGAUCAGAAUUCGGUGCCCUCACUUCAUUUUUGACCGAUUUCCAGGAUCAGGACCUCCCACUCGGACAGCUUCUGGUCGAGACACAUGUGUGGGAAGCCACGCCCCAGACCAAUUACUUGCUUCCACGGAGUCUUUCGGAAUGGAUUGGAUUUUGGGAACAUUUGGAGUCAAGAGGACUCAGGGAGGUUUCGGUUGAGCCGAAUCUGCUUGGCAACACUUGGUAUGGGAGCCCGGUGUUUGCUGAGGUUACCUUGAUCAAUAUCUUCGACAAGAAGAGUUUGCUUGUGAAUUAAGCAUGAGGCGAUUUGUCGUCGCUUUUUCGGUUCCUGGGUGUUUGAAGACAUAAACGGCGUCGGUUCAGGUUUCAUGUUGGGCCUCAGGUUCAGUCGCCCAUCUGGCAUUGGAUGUAUCCGUCGGACAUCUAUCUAGGAAUGUUCCUCAACAGAUUACAUCCAUACCAUCGCGAGAUGUGUCUCUGAGCAGCCCAGCCGUCGUGCUCCAGACUUAAACCCAACUCUUCAGACGAGGAUUCGUCGCCCUUUGAUUUUGUACGCAGAUAUAAAUGUUAGUCGGAGUAUUUCGAAGUAAAUCAAAGUUUAAUUUGUUCCCAAACACCACCACCCCCUGAAGAAGAAGAAGAGCAUAUAGCUGCGUUGAAUGGCAACAAUGAGACUAACCUCACUUUUCC